GGCAGAUAUGCUUAAUAGUGUCCACAAUAACAAUGGGAUUGACUCUGGGUCUACUUCCUACUGUCAAAUCACUUCCCAUAUUCUACACAAUUGGAGCCAUAAAUGGUGUGGCGGCCGGUGCCAGCGAUACGGCUAACAACGCCUGGAUUCUGGAGAUGUGGGACGAGAAGGCGGGUCCCUAUCUGUUGGCAUUGCACUUCUGUUUCGGCACCGGUAUGAUCAUCGCGCCGCAAAUAGCCCGACCCUUCAUACUGGACUCGUCGGACUCGUCGCAGUUGGUCAUCGCGUACGUGAUCUGUGGCGCCAUUAUCAUCAUCAGCGGUAUUGUCGUAACUUUCGUCAUAUUCAGUGGAAAAUUCAGAGCCACUGAUGGCGAGCCGACACCGCAGCCGGUGCCUCAGAACCCAUCGCAAGUGCCAUCCAUUACCGAAGAGUUGAUACACGAGUCGGAAAGGCGUGAACUGAAGCCCAUCUACGGCUUUAUGAUAGUAAUCCUCGGGUGCCUUCUGUUAGCCACUUAUACAUCGAUGGAAAUGACUUACUUUUCUUACGAAUCAGUGUUCGCACAGUUGUCCAGCUAUCAGAUGAGUGAAGCCGAUGGCACUAUACUGGCAACUGUUACCCUGGCUGUCUAUACGCUGACCCGAGGUGUGGAGAUAUUGCUAAUGUUGAAAGUGUCGGCCCAUUAUAUACUAUUAUUUCACUUCACAAUUAUUAUUGCCUUUAAUUUGGUGGCGAUUUUUACGUAUAAUUUGCCCUUUAUUUGGCUCUGGAUCUAUAAUAUUGGUAUUGGUAUUGGUUGCGGAUCAGUCACGCCAACGAUAUACGCGUUUUUGCAGCAAAACUUUAAGAUCGAUGACAAAAAGACAGCUAUACUACUGUUUGUUGGCGGAGGUAUGGGUGCGAUCUACCCAUACAUCGUCACCUCGUCCAUAUCCAAGUGGCCACUCGUUUUUAUAUACAUAAGUGUCAUAAGUAUCGUAUUUUGUGUCAUAUUUUUGUUUGCCAUCAAAUUCAUUACCUGGAAGUUUGGCCGAGUAAUUAGGCCCCAAAUGGUGGUCACGGCCUCAGACCUCAAGUCCGAUGAGACCACGUCUCAAGAGAUAUGAUUUACACGAAACAAACUGCUCAACCAAUGAAUGAUGAAUUAGUUGUCAUUUAUUUUCAUUCAUAUAAUGGGUUAUGUUUUUUUAAUUCUUCGUAUUU